AUGAGACAAAUCAAAGUCGACUCACCACUCUCCGAUGCGGAGGCGGCAUUGCAUGGGGCUGGCGAUAUCGCUAUCGUGGGGUAUUCGUUUAAGCUCCCUCAAGAUGUUGAUGACGAUUCUAGUUUUCAGGGCGGACAUUUUAUCAACGAAGAUUUAGGAGGCUUCGAUGCCCCCUUUUUUUCCGUCACUACGAAAGAGGCGGCAUCGAUGGAUCCGAUGCAGCGUUGGACUUUGGAGACGUCAUAUCGGGCGUUUGAGAACGCUGGAAUCCCGAUUGAAAAUCUCAGAGGUACACGCACCGCAGUAUUCUCAGCUUCUAUGCUCGAGGAUUAUGCGAGAUUGACGGCUAUGGACCCGGACAAUGUAGAGAGGACAGCUGUCACUGGUGGUACCGUUCCUUGCGUCAUACCUAAUCGGAUUAGCUGGUUUUUUGAUCUGCAUGGGCCUAGCAUCCACAUCAACACAGCUUGCUCUAGUAGCUUGUCGGCAGUUGAUAUGGCCUGCAAGACUCUGCGGAGUGGCGACGCUUCAUGCGCUCUUGUUACGGGAUCCAACAUGCUUCUUGACCCAGCGGUUUUCCAUAUGCUGGCCAACCAGAACUUUUUGUCUCCGGACAGCGUAUGUUACAGUUUCGACCAUCGCGCGAAUGGGUACGCCAGGGGAGAGGGCGUCAUUGCUCUUGUGCUCAAGCCCAUAUCUGCCGCUAUCCGGGACUGUGACAUGAUUCGUGCGGUCAUUCGGUCGACGGACUCGAAUCAAGAUGGACACACGCCCGCACUUACACAGCCUAGUCCCUAUGCGCAAGAGGAAUUAAUCCGCCACGUUUAUCAACAAGCCAACCUGUCCCCUGAGAGGACACGAACUGGGACACCGGUGGGUGAUCCGAUCGAGAUGGAGGCUCUAGGCCGAGUCUUCCGGGAGUACAGAUCACCUGAGGAACCACUUUACGUUGGCUCCAUCAAAGCGAACAUCGGACAUCUCGAGGGAGCCAGCGCCCUGGCUAGUCUAAUCAAAUCAAUCUUUGAGUUCAAAGGAAUAAACCAUCCGGUUAAUGGGAACAGGGUCGCCCCCAAAGCCACAAACAAUUUGCUUGACCUGCCCAAGUUGCUCGUCUGGACAGCAGCAAGUGAGAAGGCAGCGAAACGGAUGGUCCAGGAUUAUAAAGAUUUCUAUAAGAAUCAAGUGUCGAGCAAUCCAGACAAGCUCAACCAACUUGGUUUUACCCUGACCUCCCGGAGGAGCCAGAUGCUCUGGAGAUCCUUUGCUGUUGUCAAAGGUCAGGAAAUGGUCCCCCUUGGAGAGGAGCUCUCACCAACAAAACCAAUCCGAAGCUCAGCGGACGUAGAGUUAGCGUUCGUAUUCACUGGUCAAGGAGCACAGUAUGCUGGCAUGGGCUUGGAUCUUAUCCGAUAUCCUGUGUUUGCCACAGCCCUACAGCAUAUUGAUGAUGUUUAUCGCAGUUUAGGUUGUGAAUGGAAACUGCUGGAUGAGCUGCGCCGACAUGAAAACAUUGACAAACCAGAAUACAGUCAGCCAUUGACAACAGCCUUGCAAAUCGCAUUGUUCACGCUACUGCAAAGCUUCGGGGUCAUUCCUAGCGCUGUCGUGGGACGCUCGUCAGGCGAGAUUGCGGCUGCUCCGCUUAACUGCACCCUGUCAGGCCCUGAACCGGCCAUCGAUGCUAUCAAAAAGCAGACCGACAAGGACGGGACUUUUGCCCAGAAACUCAAGACUGGAGUUGCAUACCACUCCCCUUCAAUGCAGUCCAUCGCCAACGAAUAUCUCUCUGUUUUGGGGAGUCUUGAAGGUGCUGGCUCCCGAGACUCCAAUGCAACAGCCUCAAUUCCCAUGGUCUCAUCUAUUUCGGGCAAGGUUGUCCACCCAGCUGAAUUGAGAAGUGCACGAUACUGGGUCGAGAACAUGGUAUCUCCUGUCCAGUUUGCCAGCGCAGUUCAGGUGAUAACCCAGGAGCCACCCUCUCUCCAGCUUGUUGGCAUCACCGACCUCCUUGAGAUUGGGCCGCGCCCGGCGCUACGCCGUCCAGUUCAAGACACCAUACAAAAGGUUAGCAAAGACAAGAGGGAGAUACGCUACUUGAGCGCGCUGCAACGACGUCGGCCGGCAAUCCAAACCAUGAUGGAGCUCGUGGGACAGUUAUUCUGUCUGGGGUAUGCCGUUUCCGUCUCGGCGGUGAAUCAGACACAGACACACAAGCCAUUUCCGGCUCUCCUCGCAGGCUGCCCUGAAUAUCCCUUCGAUAGAUCGCGCCAAUAUUGGGCCGAGUCACGUCUUAGUCGAGACUAUAGAUUACGUGGGAAGAUCCAAGGCGAGACCCUCGGUGUGCGCGUGUCGGAUUGGAACCCCCUAAGACCUCGCUGGAGGAACUUUUUAUGCAUCGAAUCUGCGCCGUGGAUCAAACACCAUAAGAAGAUCAGCGGCACCGUGCUCUAUCCGGCCGCAGGCAUGCUCGUCAUGGCCAUCGAAGCUCUAAGGCAAAUCAUCCCGCCGAACCGCAUCGCUCGAGGCUACCUUUUCAGAAGGGCCGAUUUUAAAAGCCCCAUCGUCGUGCAAAAGGCCUGGGAGGACCGAAUCGAAAUGCAGUUGCAUCUGGAGUCAAAGGAUGACGGUUCGAGCUGGUUCGAAACGACACUAUUUUCCUACUUUCGUGGUCGGUGGACUGAAUGCUUCCGUGCCACUGUCCAGGUAGAUUAUCAAGACUCGCAACUAGACAGCGGUGAAAGGAGGUUGGCCGACGACAGCAUGCAGAGCAAAUACAGCCGAGCAACGGAAUUAUGCCAAACGCCGGUCGACUCGGGCGUUUUUUACAGUGACGCUGCCGAACACGGCCUCCAGUACGGGGAUUGGUUCCAGUUGCUUCAACACGUGCAUUGGGACGGAAAGGGCCUCGCCGUGGCCAAAGUAGACGUGUCGAAGGUGAGGUACCAGACGAGCGGCCUGGUACAUCCAGCUGCUCUUGAUCAGGCUUUCCAUCUGCUGCGCGUUAGCGCCGGCCAGAAACCGGCUUGCAAUGUUCCCGUCCGUCUUUCGAAUGCCUGGUUUGCGUCCUCAGGCUGGCAGCACCCCAAAACAGGUUCCGUAAGAUGGUGGGCCACCUCGACCUCGAGGUCGCCCGAUGCGUAUAAAGCGAACUAUGGAGAAAAAGGUGGCCUUUAUGCUUUAGCCGACGACGGCACAGUUCUGUGUUCGAUCCAGCAGGCUUUCACUACGCCCGUCUCUAGGAAUACAAAGGAGAAACAAAAAGACAGAAAGUUGCUAUACAGUAUCGAGUGGAAACCACAACUGAGCCUGCUUACCCCGCAGCAGCUGGCACGCGCAUGUCGUGCGGACAGAACUUUCACGAGAGAUGAGACUGCUAUUCGCACAAACCAUGCCAAAUUGUGCUCUGUCUUGGACCUCAUCUCAUCACGCACCCUUGAACACAUUCGCUCUACCAAGGUGCCAGGGGGUCUUCAUCGGCAUGUUGAGUGGAUGAGACAUCACGUCCGCAAGCUUUCCCCUUCUGAAAGAAAAGAAGGGGAAACGAUCAGCGAUGCGGGCAUCGAGACCCGGCUGCAAGAGGUUGAAGAAGUACUCCCGGCGUGGAAAGUGUACACCGCAUGCGCGCGAAAGCUCCCACAAAUUCUCUCCGGAGAGAUCGACCCGCUUCAGGUCGUGUUCCAGUCAGAUCUUGCUAAAGCCUUCUAUGCCGACCUCUUCCGAAACAUGUGUGCCGAUGGUCAGCUUGCUGCCUUUCUGAACCUCGCCUCGCACGAAAAUCCGGCACUGCGCAUCCUCGAGGUCGGCGCUGGCACGGGCGGGAUGACUGGCCAUGUGGUGGAGAUCUUUCAGGAACGCGAGAAGAGAACUGGAACACUGAGCUUCGCUGAAUACACCUACACGGACAUUUCGCCUGUCUUCUUCGAGCAGGCGAGCAGUCGGUGGCCGGAGCUACAGGCCCAAGGCCGCAUGACCUUCAAGACAUUGGACUUAGAUCGCGCCAUUGAUGAACAGGGGUUUGAACCAGGGUCUUAUGACUUGGUCGUUGCGGCUAGCGUGUUGCAUGCUACUCCGUACUUCGAGGCUACCAUUCGCAACGUGCGGAGAGCCCUAAAGACUGGCGGCCACAUGGCGCUGGUUGAGGUCGUUAACCCAGACGACAUAGCCACCAACUUCAUGGCUGGCCUGGUCCCGGGCUGGUGGGUGGCGCGCGAAGAAUGGCGACCUCAUUCGGCGGCUGUACCCGAGCAUUUGUGGGAUAAGUGCUUGCGUGCCAAUGGUUUCUCGGGGAAUGAUAUGGUUAUCCGUGACUACCAGAGUGAUGUGUGCCAUAUAAUGAGUAUUAUCGUCACCACAACUUCGGAGGAAAUCAAACUCCCACAUGAAUCAGUAUUAAAGCUCGGCCACCUCGUCCUAGUUGUCGACAACGAGCAGUCAAGUGAACAGCUACGACUGGCAAAGUUAUUGCAAGGUAGCCUCGAUGCCAAAAUAAGCCGUCCGGCGACGAUUUGCACAUUCUCUCUCGAUCAACUCGAAAAUGGGUUAUUAAACUUAGGUGAAGAUGACCUCGUCAUCUGCCUGGCCGAAGUCAACGGCAAGCCUUUGCUCACCAACCUGUCUGAAGAAGGGUUCGCAUGCCUCCAGUACUUAACCAAGCAGGCACCCAGGCUACUUUGGGCCACAGCCACAAGGGUAGACGACACAGAGUACCCUGACUAUAGUCUCGUACAGGGCUUCAUGCGGUCUAUCCGGGCUGAGCAACCUGAUAGCCGCAUCGUGACCAUUGCCAUUGAAGGGGAGCCGGACAAUGCGACCUGUGCAGAGUUCAUUGAGAGCGUCGUCCUCGCUGCAUUUGACUCGCGGUCAUCCAAAGAGGUGGAGUACAUGCUGAAUGGACGGAUCGCAGUCACGACCAAGUCGGGUCACAACACCUCCGCAGUCGCUCCUCAACCUCACUUCAUGUUGAACAUCCAAUUGACCCAGCACAGACUGAGAGUCCCAUUGGUUAAGACCCCAGGCCUUAGUUUCAAUCUCAACGUCAUGCGGUCCAAUGGUACCUUGUGCACAUACGCUCGAGCACACGAGGCGGAUAUUGUCAAGAUACCCGACGCCUUGUCGUUCGAAACAGCUACCUCUAUCAUCAUACCAGGCAUCACAGCUUACAAUGCACUGGUCAAUGUUGCCCGGCUCCGGGAAGGAGACAAGGUCUUGAUCCACUCUGCUACCAGUAGCUCGGGCCAGAUGGCCGUGUGGAUUGCCAAGUUCCAGGGCGCCCGUGUCUUCGCGACUGCCGAAUCGCUGGAAGACAGGCAGCUCCUAACGGACAUGUUGAAAAUCCCCGAAGAUCAUGUCUUCUCUGAAGCUACUUCGUUCGUCCAGGGUGUGAUGCAUGCCACAGAGGGGUACGGCGUCGACGUGAUCUUCAACUCUGUUCCGGGUGAAGAGGCAUUGUCGGCGUCAUUCGAAUGCAUGGCCCCAGGCGGACACUUUGUCGAGAUCGGCCGCGCUGACACAAAACUCAAUGUAGUGAUGCCAACGGACAUGUUUGCCAGAAGCGCUGAACUUCAGAAUUCCUUUAGGCAGCUCCAAAGGAGCAUUAAUUCUGGCCGCGUCAUGAUAACCCCCAGACCCGGGGACUUGGUUCCGGAUCGACGGGCAUGGACCUUUGGAAACAAUUCCUCAUAUUUAAUCGUCGGAGGGUCCGGUGGUCUAGGUCGUGCAAUCGUUAGCUGGAUGGCAGACCGCGGAGCAAAACAUCUCAUCAUCCUCUCCCGAUCGGGCGCUACGUCCAAAGCUGCCACCGACAUGAUAGACGGCCUAACAGCUCGUGGCGUCAAAAUCAUGUCCUUCAGAUGUGACGCGUCGUCAGAAACAAGCCUUUCCGAUGUGUUGAACGAGUGCGCAUGCACAAUGCCGCCUAUAAAGGGCUGUAUAAACGCGGCCAUGGACCUCCAAGACGCCAUUUUCCAGGGCAACAUGACAUAUACUCAGUGGAAUCUCACAUUGCAUUCCAAAGUACGGACGUCGAAGAAUCUAAACCGCCUGCUACCCCAAAACCUCGACUUUUUCAUCCUUCUCGCAUCUCUCGCUGGAGUUGCCGGCCAGAUGGCUAGUUCUAACUAUGCAGGCGGCUGUUCGUUUCAGGACGCGCUGGCCCACCACCGCGUUGCCCACGGUCAAAAGUGUCUCUCGCUCGAUAUCGGGUGGAUGCGCAACAUCGGCAUCAUCGCCGAGACGGGCGCAUAUCAGCGCCAGCGCCAGGCAGCCGACAACAUGCAGCCUAUAGAGGACACUGAUCUGCUCGCCCUGCUGACGGUGUGCUGCGAUCCGACUAGCUCGGGGUUGGCGACACCUCAAGCCCAGUCCCAAGUCCUAUUCGGGCUGCGAACGCCUGCCGACGCCCUUGUCGAAGGGAAACCUGUCCCGGCCCUGCUAGACCGACCAUUGUUCGCUCCCUUCUCGUACAUCGUUGGUGGUUCGGGGACGCCACCCCAGGGCACGAGUGUUUACGACAACUCGCCCACGGCAACGGCCCUUUUCCGCACGUCCACCGAUUCCGGAGAACGCUCACAGGCCGUGGUUCGUGCCUUGGCGGCAAAAUUAGCGCGGGCUAUGGCCAUCUCACCAGGUGAUGUGGAGCCGAGCAAGCCACUUUCUAGCUAUGGUGUCGACUCGCUCAUGGCCGUUGAGCUAAGGAACUGGAUCAAGAGGGAAUUGGGCGCGACUCUGGCCAUCUUUGAGAUUAUGGAUCGGGUACCUAUUGCAAAUAUUGCACACUUGGUUUCGAAAAGAGGUCUGACGAGAAGGGGGUGA